AUGAGAGGAUUUAAGAUGAUUGGAAGACCAUUGCUGGGUGUGGAUGGUUGUUUCAUGAAAGGUCCAUUUCCUGGACAGAUCUUGAGUGCUGUUGGUAUUGAUGGGAACAAUAGCAUAUAUCCAGUUUGUUAUGCCCUUGUUGAGGCAGAAACAACACAAACCUGGAAAUGGUUUUUGCAACUGUUGAGAGAUGACCUAGGGUGUACGGCUGAGUCUUGUUUCACCUUCAUCAGUGACAGACAAAAGGGUCUGAUUCCUGCUAUGCUAGCUGUUUUUCCUAAUGGUGAGCACAGAUUUUGUUUGAGGCACAUCCAUGAGAACAUGAAAUCCAAGUGGCGUGGAGAUCUUUACAAGAAUUUGCUUUGGUCAGCCGGAAGGAAGACUUCUAUUCCAUACUUUAACAAAGCUAUGGAAGAAAUUAAGACAACAGAACGAGCUAUGUAUGACUGGCUGAAUGAGAUCCCAUACACCGCUUGGUUAAGAGCAUAUUUUUCUGGAAGAGCUAAAUGUGAUAUGUUGCUGAACAACAUAUGUGAGGUUUUUAAUAGACAAAUCGUAAGAGCAAGGGACAAGCCGAUUAUCACAUACCUAGUGUUCAUUCGGGAGUACAUGACCAAGAGGAUAGUGAAUGUGAAGAAAUUGCAAGCAAAGUGUAUGGGGCCACUGACACCUCAUGCCACUGAGGUCUUCGAUGAGAUCAAGAAACAGGCUGCUGAAAUGUCUGUUUUAAUGGUUGAUUCAGACAAGUAUCAAGUAACAGGUCUGAGAUCACAGUGUGUUGUGAAUGUUAAACAUAAAACUUGUGCAUGCAGGAAGUGGGAUUUGACAGGGAUGCCUUGCAAACAUGCAGUUGCAGCCAUAUGGGAUAUGUCAAGGAAUAUCAUUGAUGCUGGCAUACCAGAAGAGUGGGUGGAUGAUGUGUAUUGGCUAUCAACAUGGAAGAAAGUCUAUGACAAUGUGAUAGAGCCAAUCAAUGGGCCGGAGAUGUGGACUCCUUCAGAGUGUCCAACAACACUUAUCCCACCAAAGCAUCAUACACAAGUUGGAAGGCCAAAGAAGAAAAGAAAGAAGGCAUUUGGUGAAAAAGAGCUUGAGAAGGAGUUCGACAAAGGAGGUAAAAUGACCAGAAAGGGAACUACCAUCAAGUGUGGUAAAUGUGGGAACACGGGUCACAAUGUCAGGAGCUGCAAAGGACAAGGGGGUGAACAAUCCACUGCUUCACAGGAAUCACACACUGCCACUUAA